AUGGCUUACGUGCUAAACAACACCAUUCGUCGUUUUAUGCAAACAUCGGCCCAAAGGGCUUCCGCCCAACAAAUUGGCCCCUCUGCUGUAUCGGGACAACAUGAAGGUGGUUACAAAAUUUGGAAGAAUCUAACCAUCUUCGUAGCCUUUCCGUCGAUUAUUCUUUGCGCCGUUAAUUGUUACAUGGCCCAUACGUCUGGACACCACGAAAGGCCCGAAUUCAUCAAGUACGAGCACCUGAGAAUCCGUACGAAACGCUUCCCUUGGGGCGAUGGGAACAAAUCGCUGUUCCACAACCCCCAUGUCAACGCUCUGCCUGACGGUUACGAAGAGGAACAUUAA